AUGCCUAAGCUUCGGGCUGCACUGAGUAAAGACAAAAAGUACAUAGUCCCCGGGCCUGGAUGGCCGAGCGAGGCUCACCUGCGGGUUUAUCGCGACAGAGGAAGUGCGGGGAAGCCUAGAUACAUCGAGAUUGAUUUGGUGAUCGCCGGCACCAUGACGACACCUGAAAGCUUGCAAGUCAAUUCGAAGGACUUCAAAGUAGAAAACGAGAGAAAGAGGCUGAUCAACAUUCACGUUAUGCGGCUCGGCAAGAUCUUCAUGUCGAAAGUCAAUGCAUUAGCCGCGGAACAUCGGAAGAAGGACGACAAGGACAUGAAAGACAUCAGCUGGAUCAUUGACAAGACCCCGAGGGCCCUGCUAAACGUUCAAACAGACCUGUCGUACGCUCUGCGGCAGCUGGUGAUUAAGCAUCUCGUUCGCUUGAAGUCGCCCCUAGUCAAAAAGGCUAGGCAGCUUCUCGACGUCAACGGCCCUGCGCGGCUCUAG